UGGGAUGAUCGAGCUUCGGGUAAUUGAAUUGAGUACUGGUGUUUGUAGCCACUAGCAGAUUAUAAAUAAAGCGAAUCCCGUUGUCCCUCAAGCCUUUUGGUUGCUCAUUCGUCCGUUCUUUUGCUAUUAACAAUACCUUGCCUUAACCCUAAAACCGGCAAAAAACCAUGGGAUCGAAUCAGCCAAGCGGACAAAAUGGCACACCGAGCACGGAUGAACGCAUCAUUCUGACAACUUACCCCGGGCAGAGUGUCGUGAACCCUGUGCCUCUGAACUGGGGAGCUGCAGAUCCUCAGGAGCGUGGACCCGUCUUGGUUUCUCGGGCAUCAAAGACCAUUACUAGGCGCAAUGCGAUUGGAGCCCACGGUGGAAGUUACUCUGUCUAUAAUGCUAUCGCUAUAGCUGCUGGAGACCUGCCGCGCAAUUUCCAGCCCAGUUUCGAGAACACGCACCCGACGUUCAACUUCCCGCCUCAGAAGGCAUGGGGGGAUAAGUCCAAAAUUGUAGCAAUGGACCCUUUCGGCCAUCAAACCACCAGACUUUUCAAGCAGCAUCUAGACGCAGGCCUCGAUGUUAGACCGACAAUCGCUGUCACGAGAGCUACCAUGCGACUUGCCGAAAUUACUGAGUCUCUGAAAGAAGGCCAUCUCCGAGUUGACGGAGAGAUUAUUAUCAGCAAGCAGGGGGACGUCCGCGUCACCAAGGCCGCUGUCGAACCCGUUUGGUAUCUCCCAGGUGUCGCCGAGCGAUUCGGCAUCGACGAGGGCACCUUCCGCCGCACCCUGUUUGAGCAGUGUGGUGGAAGUUACCCUGAACUCAUCACGCGCCCUGAUAUUAAAGUGUUCCUACCUCCUAUUGGGGGACUCACGGUGUACAUCUUCGGCCCGCCUGAGCGUGUGGCAGACCCGAAUUUCAAGCUCACGCUCCGUAUUCACGAUGAAUGCAACGGCUCGGAUGUUUUCCAGUCGGACAUUUGUACCUGCCGGCCUUAUCUUGCGUUUGGUAUUGAAGAAGCGAUCAAGGAGGCUCAGAAUGGUGGGUCAGGUGUCGCAAUCUAUUUCCGAAAGGAGGGACGAGCACUUGGUGAAGUAGUGAAAUACCUGGUAUAUAACGCACGCAAACGCGGCGGCGACACAGCAGACAAGUAUUUCGCCAGGACUGAGAAUAUCGCCGGUGUGAGAGAUAUGCGCUUCCAGGCCCUCAUGCCUGACAUUCUCCACUGGCUGGGCAUUAAGAAGAUUGAUCGUAUGCUUUCCAUGUCAAAUAUGAAGCAUGAUGCGAUAGUGGAACAGGGAAUUCCGAUCCUGGAGCGGGUUCCCAUACCAGACCAUAUGAUUCCUGAGGACUCUCGCGUGGAGAUUGACGCAAAGAUCAAUUCCGGGUACUUCACCACGGGCAAGAAGCCCACGGAUGAAGAACUGUCCAAAAUCCAGGGUCGCGGAUGGCAAAAUUGGGAAGAUGUCGCCCAUUAGUUAGUUGUUGUGCUCAACUUCCAGUACCAUGGACAUGGCUAUAGUCUGAAUGAAUCGCUUCGUUACCUUGGAACUUGCCUUUUACUAAAUCAUACACGCCAGGAGGCACAUGUCCGUCAUAUUGGCAAUAUAACAUUGAUAAAUAAUAAGCGCGACAC